AAAAAAUUCAGUACUUAACACGCAGUGCGUUCUUUGUUUUGAAUGAAUUACGGAGAAUUCUAAAUUGAUACAUCUAAAUUUGUAAAAAAUAAAUUGCGUUUUAUUCGCAAAUCACUGCCGCCGCCACGGUUGUACAAAGUGACACGUGUGUGAAUCUCAUAAGUCGAGACGACGACAGCGACGUUCGCGAGCGAGGACAGGCUAAGCCACUGAACGCAGAGGAUAACAACUCAAGAUGGAAGACGGUCACUCGAAAACCGUCGAUCAAGCGCUAAACUUCUUUGGCACAGACCCUGAGCGCGGUCUCACUGUUGACCAGAUCAAAUCUAACCAGAAAAAAUAUGGACCAAAUGAAUUGCCCACUGAAGAAGGAAAGAGUAUUUGGCAGCUAGUCUUAGAGCAGUUCGAUGAUCUUCUGGUGAAGAUUUUGCUUUUGGCCGCCAUCAUUUCAUUCGUUUUAGCCCUGUUUGAAGAGCACGAAGACACGUUCACUGCAUUUGUAGAACCCUUAGUAAUUUUACUUAUUCUGAUAGCAAAUGCGGUAGUCGGUGUUUGGCAAGAAAGGAAUGCUGAAUCCGCCAUUGAGGCUCUGAAGGAAUAUGAGCCAGAGAUGGGAAAGGUUGUCCGUCAGGACAAGUCUGGCAUCCAGAAGAUCAGAGCGAAAGAGAUUGUUCCCGGUGAUCUUGUUGAGAUCUCUGUUGGUGACAAAAUCCCCGCCGAUAUUCGCAUCACUCACAUCUAUUCGACAACACUCAGAAUCGAUCAGUCCAUUCUUACUGGUGAAUCGGUCUCUGUCAUCAAGCACACCGACGCCAUUCCCGAUCCACGUGCCGUCAAUCAGGAUAAGAAGAACAUCCUGUUCUCCGGUACCAAUGUUGCCGCUGGCAAGGCUCGCGGUGUUGUAAUUGGCACUGGACUCUCCACUGCCAUUGGCAAGAUCCGUACUGAAAUGUCUGAGACUGAAGAGAUCAAGACCCCAUUGCAACAGAAACUGGAUGAGUUCGGUGAGCAAUUGUCGAAGGUUAUCUCGAUCAUUUGCGUUGCUGUCUGGGCCAUCAACAUUGGACACUUCAACGAUCCCGCCCACGGUGGUUCCUGGAUUAAGGGUGCCAUCUACUACUUCAAGAUUGCCGUCGCUCUGGCUGUCGCUGCCAUUCCUGAGGGUCUUCCUGCUGUUAUUACCACCUGUUUGGCUUUGGGUACUCGCCGUAUGGCCAAGAAGAACGCCAUUGUGCGCUCCCUACCUUCCGUUGAGACCUUGGGCUGCACCUCAGUUAUCUGCUCUGAUAAAACCGGCACACUCACCACCAACCAGAUGUCCGUCUCCCGCAUGUUCAUCUUCGACAAAGUUGAGGGCAAUGACAGCAGCUUCCUUGAAUUCGAGCUGACUGGCUCCACAUACGAACCCAUUGGUGAGCUCUUCCUGGGCGGCCAACGUGCCAAGGCUAGCGAUUACGACACACUCCAGGAACUGUCCACCAUUUGCAUCAUGUGCAACGACUCUGCCAUUGAUUACAAUGAAUUCAAACAGGCCUUCGAGAAGGUUGGUGAAGCCACCGAGACUGCCCUUAUUGUGUUGGCCGAGAAACUGAACUCCUUCAAUGUCAACAAGGCUGGUUUGGAUCGCCGCUCUGCUGCUAUCUGCGCCCGUGCUGAAAUUGAAACCAAAUGGAAGAAGGAAUUCACCCUGGAAUUCUCCCGCGAUCGUAAAUCUAUGUCCUCUUACUGCACACCAUUGAAGGCUUCCCGCCUGGGCACUGGACCCAAACUCUUCGUUAAGGGCGCACCUGAAGGUGUCUUGGAACGUUGCACACACGCCCGUGUCGGCACCAGCAAGGUGCCAUUGACAUCGGCUCUUAAGGCCAAGAUCUUGAGCCUGACUGGCCAAUACGGUACUGGACGCGAUACUCUCCGUUGCCUCGCCUUGGCCGUUGCCGAUAGCCCAAUGAAGCCCGAUGAAAUGGAUCUGGGAGACUCCACCAAGUUCUACCAAUAUGAAGUCAACCUAACCUUUGUCGGUGUCGUCGGUAUGUUGGAUCCCCCACGUAAGGAAGUCUUCGACUCCAUUGUCCGUUGCCGUGCCGCUGGUAUUCGUGUCAUUGUGAUCACUGGUGAUAACAAGGCUACCGCUGAGGCUAUUUGCCGUCGUAUCGGUGUGUUCACCGAAGAUGAAGAUACCACUGGCAAGUCCUAUUCUGGUCGCGAAUUCGAUGACUUGUCCCCAGCUGAACAGAAGGCUGCCGUGGCCCGCUCUCGUCUAUUCUCCCGUGUGGAACCCCAGCACAAAUCGAAGAUUGUUGAGUUCUUGCAGGGCAUGAACGAAAUCUCUGCCAUGACUGGUGAUGGUGUCAACGAUGCCCCCGCCUUGAAGAAGGCUGAAAUUGGUAUUGCUAUGGGCUCUGGUACCGCUGUGGCCAAAUCUGCCGCCGAAAUGGUCUUGGCUGAUGAUAACUUCUCCUCCAUUGUGUCUGCCGUUGAAGAAGGUCGCGCUAUUUAUAACAACAUGAAACAGUUCAUCCGUUACCUCAUUUCCUCAAACAUUGGUGAGGUCGUCUCUAUUUUCUUGACUGCUGCUCUUGGUCUGCCCGAAGCUUUGAUUCCAGUCCAGCUCUUGUGGGUCAACUUGGUUACUGAUGGUCUACCAGCCACAGCUCUUGGUUUCAACCCACCUGAUCUGGAUAUCAUGGAGAAACCCCCACGCAAGGCCGAUGAGGGUCUCAUUUCCGGAUGGCUAUUCUUCCGUUACAUGGCUAUUGGCUUCUAUGUUGGUGCCGCCACAGUUGGCGCUGCUGCAUGGUGGUUCGUCUUCUCUGCAGAGGGUCCCAAUCUAACCUACUGGCAGUUGACUCACCAUCUGUCCUGCUUGGGCGGUGGCGACGAGUUCAAGGGUGUCGAUUGCAAAAUCUUCAGUGAUCCACAUGCAAUGACCAUGGCUCUUUCCGUUCUUGUCACAAUUGAGAUGUUGAACGCAAUGAACAGCUUGUCUGAGAAUCAGUCCCUGAUUACAAUGCCUCCAUGGUGCAACUUGUGGUUGAUUGGUUCAAUGGCACUUUCCUUCACUCUUCACUUUGUUAUUCUUUAUGUGGAUGUCCUCUCUACCGUCUUCCAAGUGACACCGUUGUCUGCAGAGGAAUGGAUAACUGUGAUGAAAUUCUCAAUUCCUGUAGUUUUAUUAGAUGAAACAUUGAAGUUUGUUGCUAGAAAAAUCGCAGAUGUUCCUGACGUCGUCGUCGACAAGUGGUAAAGGUUGCCCCAAUAAAUACAACCGAUACGUACUAUAUGUGGAAAUGAAUGUGAAGGAUGACAGAUUUUUCUACCCUUUAUCAUUCGUGUAUUAAUCGCUCAGCCAGCCCUGUUAUUUUGCAACUGCAAUUUUAAAUCUGACAUAAACUAAAUUAUUAUUUGCUUUAAAAAGUAAACUAUUAAUGGAUAACAUUUUGAACUGUGGGUUUAGUAAGAUCGAAUUAAAUAAAUACAAUAUAUACCAACUACAA